AUGCCAUCCAUGACCGAGAUCACGAAAGGCUUGACGCCGCAGAAGCUGCUGUCGGGCGUGCAGCCAGAGAGCAAGCGAUCGGACAUGGCCAAGAUCCUCAGCAUCUUCAAGAAGCACUCCAAGGAAAUCCACGUGUAUGGGGGGAGCAUCAUUGGUGCCGGGAAGAUGCUCUAUCAGAGCAAGAGCCAGAAGCCGUACAACUGGUUCCAGUGCGGUGUGGCCGCGCGAGCCAGCAAUAUUACGAUGUACUUUGGUUGCAUCUUCAAGCUCAGCGACCAGGUUGUCAAGAAGAUCGGGCCGAAGUGCACGCACGGUGUCGGCUGCCUCCACUUCAAGAGCCUGGCAGAGGUGAACUUGGCUGAGCUGGAGGCCUUGAUGAAGCGAGCCUUUGUGGUCAAGGAGUUCCGGGCGCCCGGGGCGAAGGCCCCGCCGGCCCAAAAGCGCCCCGCGGUUUUCGCGUCUUCCGACGACGAUCCUGAGCCAUACAACCUGAAGGCCGACGUGUUUUCCUUUGGCAUCUUAAUGUACGAGGUCAUGGAGCGUCAGCUUCCCUACAGCGAGCGUUUUGGGAAUGAUGUUUCCGAUCCAAGGAUAAGCCUCCAUGUUUGCAUGGGCCUUCGCCCUGAAGUUCGCAGCUCGUCCUCCGAGGACUCGCCAGAGGUUCGCGAGGCCAUCAUCAAGCUGAUGCAGCGAGCAUGGGACAACGAGCCUGACGAUCGACCUGACUUUCAGGAACUGGAGGAUGUCUUGCAGGGUCUGUGGGAUUCCCUAGGCGGUCCAAAGGGGCGAUGA